CGGAGGUAGAGAAGCUGUCUGCAAAGCCUCGGUGCGCUUCCCCGGCAGGGGAAAUCCAUCAGCUUGAUUUCGCCAAAGCGGACUUCCGGCGGCGGGGAAGCAGCGCGCAGACAUGGAUCUGGCGGGGCCUUCCGCGCCCGAGUCGACCCGCGGCGCCAGCUGGUCCGAGGCCCACGCCGCGCGGGACACAGUCCCGCUCCCGACCGGUGUCUUCCAGGUUGCAGAAAGGUUGCAAAAAAGGAUAUGCGCGCUCUGCCCCAAAGACCUCGAGUGUAGUGUCCUGUACUUUGCACAGUCAGAGAAUAUAGCUGCUCAUGAAAACUGUUUGCUGUAUUCCUCUGCACUUGUGGAAUGUGAGGACUGUGAUCCAUCUAAUAAUGAUAGAAAUUUUGAUGUGGAAUCAGUAAAGAAAGAAAUCAAGAGAGGAAGGAAGUUGAAAUGCACAUUUUGUGGGAAAAAAGGAGCCACCGUGGGAUGCGACUUAAAAUCCUGUUUCAAGAAUUACCACUUUUUCUGUGCCAAGAAUGACCACGCAGUUCUGCAAGCUGAUGGACAUAGAGGAAUUUAUAAAGUGUUUUGCCAACAACAUGCUGUCCCUCAAAAUGAUCUACCAUUGAUGAAGCCUUUGCCUGGUGUCUUCCAUUCUCACUACAGUGAACAGACCAAACCAAGACACGGAGUGAAAAGAAAAAGAGGAAGACGUAAACGACAUCAUGUACAGGACCCGAACGUAGGACGGCACACGAAGGCUGCAGCAGCCGUUCAGAAUGCAGUCCAGUGCUGCGCUGUCGCCUGUGAUGAGAAACAGAGAGCUCCUAUCCAGACAACACUGGACCGCUUUCUCAAGAGGGUAGAUAGAAUUGAACCCAGCAAGGAGCCAGAACCUGUGCCGUCAACCUCAGGCCCACCUGAGAGAAUGGCACUGAAGAAGGAAAAGGACAGCAGACACACAGAUGCAAUUGUGAAAGCUGCUUUUCUCAAGAAAUGUAAAGAAGCAGGGCUUCUUGAUGCUUUAUUUGAAGAAAUAUUAGACAAACUUCAUUUGAUUCAGGAAAGACUCAUGGAUGAGACCACCGCAGAAUCAGACUAUGAGGAAAUCGGGACUUCACUUUUUGACUGUAGAUUGUUUGAAGACACACUUGUAAACUUUCAAGCAGCAGUAGAGAAUCACAUUCACGAAUCUGAAGAGAGGCGACGGCAGCUGAAGGAAGAGAUUGAGCUGCUCCAGGACUUAAAACAAACCUUGUGCUCUGGGCUUCAGUCAAGUUCCACUUCAGAUUCUUCUCUGUCUUCUUAAGAAGGGCCGUUUCCUGAGCCAGGAGUCGAGCACAGCUGCAGACAGGGUGAAAGCUGGAGAGCGGCCUGUGAAGCCACACACCGUCAGCCCCGGGCCCACGGGGCAUCUCUGGCCCUGCCCGCUCUUACCUGCUCUUGCUGCUGGGCCUCUGAAGCCCAUCCGCCUCCCCUCCUUACUGCCAUCUCACUUCUACCUCUCUCCCACUGGUAAACUAUUCCUCAGAGUCUACUCGAGUAAAUUAGACCGUGCGUCCAUGGCUCUUAAAAUCCCCUUAGCGGCCUUCCCCACGCCAGUGAGCGAAGUGGCUGCCAGGUGCUCCCGCCCCAGGGCCUCUGCACGUUCCGCUGUGAGGUCUUCACCGAGAUCGUCCUUUCUCCUCACGUCUCUUCUCGGUGCAAGCCACUGUAUCGCACAUCAGACCACUGGAGUGUAAGCAGCCUGUGGGCAGAAACUCCCAUUCCUGUUUUUCUCCCUGUCACGUUUCCAGCAGCUAGCAUGCUCAGUAAACGUUAAAUGCAUAAACUUUUUAUCUUUGAUUCUAGUUCCAGCCCAUAAUGCCUCUUUGAUAUAAUAAAUUUUAUUAUACAUUACCAAA